GGUCAGUCGUAAAACAGAAGUCGUGGAAAGCGGAAAGAAAGAAUGUUCGAUUUGACGGGCAAGCAUGUCUGCUAUGUGGCGGAUUGCGGAGGAAUUGCACUGGAGACCAGCAAGGUUCUCAUGACCAAGAACAUAGCGAAACUUGCUAUUUUGCAGAGUGUGGAGAACCCCCAGGCCAUCGCUCAGCUGCAGUCGAUAAAGCCGAGUACCCAGAUAUUUUUCUGGACCUACGAUGUGACCAUGGCCAGGGAGGAAAUGAAGAAGUACUUCGAUGAGGUGAUAGUCCAAAUGGACUAUAUUGAUGUUCUGAUCAAUGGAGCGACCUUGUGCGAUGAGAACAACAUCGAUGCCACCAUCAAUACAAAUCUAACUGGAAUGAUGAACACUGUGGCCACGGUGUUGCCCCAUAUGGACAAAAAAAUGGGAGGAUCUGGUGGUCUCAUUGUGAAUGUUACCUCGGUCAUAGGAUUGGAUCCUUCGCCAGUCUUUUGCGCCUACAGUGCUUCGAAAUUUGGUGUUAUUGGGUUUACCAGGAGUCUAUCGGACCCUCUUUAUUAUACCCAAAACGGAGUCGCUGUCAUAGCCGUUUGUUGUGGUCCUACUAGGGUCUUUGUGGAUCGGGAACUAAAAGCCUUUUUGGAGUACGGACAAUCCUUUGCCGAUCGCCUGCGUCGAGCUCCCUGCCAAUCCACCUCGGUUUGUGGACAGAAUAUUGUCAGUGCCAUCGAGAGAUCGGAGAAUGGUCAGAUAUGGAUUGCCGAUAAGGGUGGACUGGAGUUGGUCAAGUUGCACUGGUACUGGCAUAUGGCCGAUCAGUUCUUGCACUAUAUGCAGAGCAACGAUGAGGAGGAUCAAGAUUAAUUUCGAAUCAAA